AUGUCCACACGGCGCCAUGCUGAUGAUAUAUUGAAUAUUAAUGUUGGCGGCAAGAAAUAUACGGUUCGUAGAACAGCCCUUCUGGCCGACCCAAGAUCAAAGCUUGCUGAAUGGUUCCGGCCUGGAACCCAAAAAACAAUUGCCACCGACAAGGGGGGAAACCUAUACCUAGACCGUGAUGCAAAAACAUUUCGCCACAUCCUGGCUUACCUACGAUUGAAAAAAGAAAAGUUCGUCCCCUCUCUAGCUCUACCGAGCAAACCCGACGACCUCGCCAAACUUGUCGGGGAAUGUGAGGCCCUCAAUCUCGGUGAACUGAAAGAAAUGGCCCUCGAAAUGCUCCAAAAGUACCAACGAACCGAGGAGCAACAUUACGUCACUUCGUACGUACAAAAUGCUGUGCGAGACUAUGAAUCAUGGCAAUUUGAGAGAGAACAGAACCAUAUGAGCCUUAAAAAGAAGCCGGUGAUUGAUGACGACUACGUACCUAAUUCCAACUACGAGGAGUGGGAUCGGAUG